UUGUCAGUAGUUACUCUAUUGCCUACUGUAAUAGUCGUUCUCUUUGGUCCGUGUAAUUCAUGGUGCUGCUGAAUCCAAGAAAAUUUCGUUGCACGUACCGCAGCGUUUGCGAAGACUCCAAUAGUUUUGAGCUCAUCAUUCCACAAAAGAAAGCUGUGACACUGAGCAAGUUAAUCUUCGAACUGUGUAAAGCCUGUGAACUGAAGAAAAUGUCUUGCAUUCCGCCAUCCGCUUUUACGGCUGGGCGUAUCCGUGAAACUCAACGUGAAAAUCGUGACUUGAAGAUGCCCAAUGUUGAUAUGGGCAAGAAACCUGACAAAUAUUUCAGUUUCACAAAUGUUGAAUUACCUGUAAAGUAUAACAGCAAAUUCAUGAAUAGUAUCUGGGGAAAGUACAACCGUUAUUCGCCGCACAAUGUGAAAAAAGUCAAUGACGCCUUCGUUUCUUCUGGGGAUUUUCAGCAAUUGCCUGUGAAUUCCUCUAAGAACGAACCCAUGAUAACUCUGCCGUCGCCGAAACUAGACAACGUUUGGGCCGCAAUCAAUGUAUCUCAGUCUCAUUGACAAUUUUGUUUUGUCUUUCUUAAUAUGAA